AUGGUCGCUGCUCACAUGCAAAACGUAACACUCGCCGCUGAUAAUGUAAAGCACAACGAAAACAGUGAAGACUUCUGCACUACGAUCAUGAGAAAAAGCGAAACGACAGAAGAAAAUGCAAAUUUCGACUCGGCAGGUGCGACUGUAUCAAACCCCGUACUAUUCCCCGUCGCCAUGUCCACGGAUCGCCGCUUGAAAACGCUCAAACUUCGCAUGAAGAGCCUGCAGACGUCUUUCAUGCUUACUAAAACGUUUGUAGAUAAAUAUGUCGACGAACAACAUUCCUUAGAAGUCCCAGUACGCUUGGAGAGCCUUACGAAGCUAUGGACUGAUUUCUGCGCCGUCCAAUCUGAGCUGGAAACUAUCGACGAGGCCGGCAUCGAACAACUUCUGAAGGAUCGAGCCAGCUACGAAUCGUCGUACUAUAAGGUUAAGGGUUUCCUCCUGUCCGUCAAUAAACUGACACCUCCUUCCCCGACACCCACCGCUUCGACUUCUCAUUCGAACUUCCAAGGUUCUACGUCAUCCCAUGUGCGUCUACCGGAUAUCAAACUGCCUGUCUUCAGUGGAAAUUUGGAUUAUUGGAUGAAUUUUCACGACCUGUAUAUGUCCUUGGUUCACUCUUCAGCGGAACUCUCGAACAUUCAAAAAUUUUAUUACCUGCGUUCUUCCCUCUCUGGCAACGCCCUCAAACUUGUACAGACGAUCCCUAUUACUGCAGCGGACUACUCCGUAGCCUGGAAUUUGCUUGAGGAGCAUUUCCAGAACAAACCCCGAUUGAAGCAGUCGUAUCUCAACGCUUUGUUCGAGUUUUCCACCCUCAAACGUGAGUCAGCGGCAGACUUACAUGCGCUCGUAGAGAGAUUCGAGUCCAACGUGAAGGUGCUUCAGCAGUUAGGAGAGAAAACGGAAUUCUGGGAUCUUAUUCUCAUUCGUAUGCUCAGCGUUCGUCUCGAUGCCACAACUCGUCGCGAUUGGGAGGAAUUUUCAUCAGCAAAGGACGAUGUCUCAUUCAAGGACCUCACCAGCUUCAUUCAGAGGAGAGUAUCCGUCCUCCAAACGCUUCACGGAAAAGGCGUAGAAACUCCGCCGUCGUCAUCGUCGUACAGUCAGCCGAAGAAGUUCACCCAACGCCCGGCGGCAUGUCACACCGUCAGCCACGUCAGCACCGAUCGAAAAUGCUCUAUUUGCUCCGAACAUCACCCACUCUAUAUGUGCCCCACGUUCUCGAAUUUGGCCAUCGAGGACAAGGAAAAAGAAAUCCGUCGACUGCAGCUCUGUAGAAACUGUCUACGCAAGGGUCACUUGGUACGAGAAUGCCCGUCGUCCAGUUCCUGUCGAAAAUGCAAAAACCGUCAUCACACUCGACUUUGCCAUGGAGAAACGUCAACAGGCGCGAACCAUCAUCCUACAACAUCGAAAACAACUCACACUACGGAGGAACAGCCACGAACAUCAGCCUCUGUGACCGUCACCGAGCUACCUAACUACGCCGCAACCGAAUGUAAACAAAACACUGUCCUCCUCGCUACCGCUGUCGUCCUCUUCGUCGAUGAUAAUGGAAGGGAGCAUGCAAGCGAUUCCUCCAAACCGUCACAGUCCAACGAAAAAGGGUUUCCGUUCCGAUCUCUGGUAUCGGCGAAUCGACGGUCAACGCUAAGUUCACAGUUCUCUCCCACAUCCGAUCAAGAGUCUGUAACUACUCCACCACCGUUGAAUGCUUGGUUCUUCCACGUUUGA